AUGAACCUCCCCAUCAUCGACUUGGACCUCUUCCUGUCGCAGCCCGCGACGUCCGACGCCGUGCGCGCCGAGUGCAAGCGUGCGGCCGAGGCCCUCAUCACCUACGGCGCCUGCAUCCUCCACGACUCACGCGUGCACGCCUCGCACAAUGACACCUUUCUCGAUCUUCUGGAGGACUACUUUGCCCAGCCCGAGGAGGCCCUGCGCAAGGACGAGAGGCCCGAGCUCAGCUACCAGAUUGGCGUCACCCUCGACAACACGGAGAAGCCAAAGUGCGCCGUCGACGAGCCGUGUCUGGACGUCAUCAAACGACUCGCGCCUGACCAGCGACCACUGGAUAUCUCGGGCCACUCGCCUGAUCCCAAGUGUCGCUUCUUCUGGCGGAUGGGCGAUGCGCCACCGUACGAGUCCAAGUUCCCGGGGUUAAACGCGCCCAAUGUCACGCCUGAGGCUGCGCACAUUAAGGAUCGCUGGGCACCGACGAUGGAUCAAUGGGGCAGCGCCAUGAAGGACGCCGUGUCCAAGCUCGCGGAAAUGACAGCGUUGGGUCUGGGCCUCGAGCAAGACGCAUUCUCGUCGGCCGGUGCCUACGGCCCCCACUUGCUCGCGCCCACCUCGUCCGACCUCACCAAGUACGGCGCCAAGGACACCAUCCUGGCCGGCUUCCACACGGACCUCAACUUCCUCACCAUCCACGGUCGCUCGCGCUACCCGGGCCUGAACAUCUGGGCGCGCAACACGGGCGCGCGCAUCCCCGUCAAGAUCCCGCCGGGCAACCACCUCCUCGUGCAGGCGGGCAAGCAGAUUGAGUACAUCACCGGUGGUCUGAUCAAGGCGGGCUACCACGAGGUGGUGGUGAACGACGCGACGCUGCAGGUCAUGGAGAGGAGGAAGCGUGAGCUCCCCGACAGGCCGCUUGUGCGCAUCUCGAGCACGCUGUUCUGGCAUCUCAACUCGGAUCACGACCUGGCGCCUAUCCCCGAGCUGCAGCAGAAGGCCAGGGAGGUGAGGGCGGAUCAGUUCAACCUCGGCAGAGAUGAGGGCGAGGAGAUGGAGUACCCGCCCACAAAGGUCGGGGCGCAAGUACAAGACGAGCUGAAGCACAUUGCGCUCAUGACUUGA